UCCUCCUUCUGGUGUCGUCUCUAAAUGUGCCCGUUAUGUUAAAAACACAAAUUUUUGCGUUUUGUCCUAAUGGUAGACUUGCUUCAGGAUGAGCGGUGUUUGUAGAGAAGUCAUCACCCUUCAGCUAGGACAUUAUUCCAACUUUGUGGGGACUCACUGGUGGAAUUUACAAGAUGCAUCUCUAUCAUAUGAUCCGGAGACACCUUUGGGUGAGAUCCAGAGUGAUGUUGUGUUUCGUGAGGGGCAGACUAUGGGGGGGCAUGUCACGUACACACCUCGCCUCAUUGCCAUGGAUCUCAAAGGAAGUCUUCGAACGCUGCGGCAAGAGGGAGGUCUGUACGAUGCUGGCAAAGAUGAACCUGCAGUCACAUGGGAGGGAAACCUUGUGGUGCAUAAAGAAAGUCCUCCAACAAAGAAUUCUUUUCUCCAGGAUCUGGACAAAUUGGAUAAGGGGGAGAUCUUGGCCGAGGCUGAUUUUAGCUCCAACUCACAGCCUAAGUGCUCAGGUUCAGUGAGCGUGGACACCGUCAACAGCCAGCUGCAUCGAGUCCACAGCAGAUACAAGCUGGAGGGCAGCGUGACCGUGUGGUCCGACUUCCUCAGGAUCCACCUGCACCCCCGUACCAUCUCCGUCAUCUACCAGUACAACCACAGCGGGGAGACUCACCGUCUGGAGGCCUUCGGUCAGGGAGAAGCUCUGUUGCAGGGACGUGUGUUUGAGGAACUGGAGGACAAGCUGCAUUUCUUUGUGGAGGAAUGUGAUUAUCUUCAGGGUUUCCAGGUGCUGUGCGACCUGGCUGAUGGUGUUUCAGGUCUGGGUUCAAAGGUCACAGAGCUGUUACAGGACUCCUAUAGUGGAAGGGGCAUCCUGACCUGGGGGCUGGCACCUGUCGACCACCCAAAUUCAACUCCGAUGAUGGACCUCUAUCACCUAUUGAACACAACAUUAGGGAUGGUACAUCUGGCCAAUCACAGCUCUGUGUUCUGCCCUUUGACCCUGCGCGGUGGACUGUGCAGACGUCCUACCUCUCCUGCAGUGUUCCCCCACCUAAACUAUGAUCCCUCCCUGUGGUACCACUCGAGCGCCGUCCUGGCUUUGGCCCUGGACUCUAUCACUGUGCCUUACAGACUGAGUAACAACAGCAUCCCCAUGUGGCAGGUGGCAGAUAGUCUCACUGUCUCUGGAAGAAAGGUGGUAUCCGCUUACGGGGCCCUUCCCUUGCCCAUGAUGCACGGCAGCUCUCUCCCUGAUGCCCUGAGCAUCUGCUCAGAUGUGUUGCCAUGGAAACCCCUGUCAGCGUGCCAGGAACUCGGUGAUGGUCGAUGCUACGGCCAGUGGACGACGCUCAGAGGCUUUGAAGGCCAGAAAUUAAUCAGCUCUCCGGCUCCAGGGACACAACCCGCCUCUCCUCUGCACACCCUCUACAGCGGUGAAGACGUACUGACGUCUUACAUCAGACUCUUCUAUCCUACAUCUCCUCUGGCUGUGCAGCUGGUCUCCGCCCCCAGUAAGCUGAUGCCGCCAUUUCCUCAGAUAUUCAGCCAGUCCCUCAGUGCUCAGGGUUUCCUGCAGAACCAGCCUCCUCCUCCACCCGGCUCUUCCGUCCAGAGCGUCUCCUCUGUACCAGUCAUGACGUCUCUUCAGUCCACGCCUGCACUCAGCUCGUGGCUGUCAGAACUACAUCGUGCCGCCAGCACCUACGAUCUUCGCCGGGCAGCCCCCAGCUUCCUCUCCCAGGGACCUGAAAUGGCAGACUACCAGGACGCUCUUGAGCAGCUGCGCCUGCUCUCUCGGCGUUACCGUGACGAUAGUGAUGGAGCGACGCGGUCUUCCUCAGAGGAUGAUGAUGAUGACUGACUGUUACAGCUUCAUGUUUGACGGAGGCCUGAACUGGAUUCACUGAUGUUUUGAGACUGCAUUUACCAACAUUUACUGCAAAGACUGUUUGUACACAAACUUCUGCAAAAUAUUAUGUAUUUUUUAAGAAAAAGUAGAGAAAUGUCAGGGCCUAAUUUAUACUAAUAAAUAUACUGUACAUACAUUUUGA